UAUGAACGAUCACUCCGCCCGCCAGUCUGGUAAAGACAGCCAAGUUGACCGCAUGUUUUGUGGGAAAACAACCGCCGACAGCUCAGCUAGCUAGCUCUCGAUGAAGCUAACAGGUAAAUAGCUAGUAUUUUCUUCGGUUUGGCAUGGCGGAGGGUAGCGGUAACGUUAAUGUCGGCCCGGCCAGCCUUCCUCCAGGAGACCCGCAGCUUAUCGCUAUGAUUGUGGAGCAUCUGAAGAACCGGGGGCUAUUUGACGAGUUCCGUCGGGACUGUCUAGCCGAUGUUGAUACGAAGCCUGCUUAUCAGAACCUGCGACAGAAAGUUGACAACUUUGUCACGUCGCAGCUGAGCACUCAGGACUGGAACCCGUCCAUCAACAAGAACCAGAUGAGGAACGGACUCAGGCAAAGUGUUGUUCAAUCGGGUAUGCUGGAGUCUGGUGUGGACAGGAUCAUCACUCAGGUCGUGGACCCCAAGAUGAACCACACUUUCCGACCACACAUAGAAACUGCCAUCCAUGAUUUCUUGUCAGGUGAAGACAGGAAGGAGGAGAACGCUUCGAGUUGUAACUCUGAGCAGACAGAACCACAGGAGGCCCCGUCUGUGUCUGGGCCCAAAACCCCCUGAGAUUCACCUGCUGGUACUUGCUGGUCUUCACAUAAUGUUGUAUGACCGUGUUAGCUGUGUGAAAGGUGCAGCAUCAGACAGGAGGAGGAGAGAGAAGAAGAAGAAGAGAAGGAGGAGGAAGAGGGGAAGAGGUUAUUUCCUGAUAUAACUCUGAUUAACAGACCAGGCUCAGGAGUUUCUGGAAUCAAAAGUUCAGCAUGAGAUGUUUGUCACCGCCCGUCUGUGCUGCACGAGGCUACUACUGGUGAUUGGACAAUGCAAAGUUGUGGACUGUCACUAAGCUGCACAGCGCUGCCUUUCAGAAGAACAUGACACAAACCUGGAUUAUUAGUUUUGAACACUUUUUUUUCCUUUUUUUUUGAACGUGUGAUUUCAGAUAGAUUUCUGUCCGUCUUAUGUUGAGUGCAGAAUUCUCACUCAGUUGUGUGUACAGAUAUUUUCUUCUAACAAUAUGUUAAACUUUGCAAACUCUGUCUUCAGGGAUUCAAAAGGUUGAUUGAUUUCCAGUUGGAGGAAUAGAGGUUUUCAUAGACUCACAUGACGUAUGAAAGUGUUUCUGCUACGUCUUGAGAGCUCUCCAAUUUUUGAAAAAACCUGUAUGUAAAAAUAUUUUGUUUGGUACUUUGAGGUCCUUGUUUUUCAUCACAGCAGGUUGAACUUCUUUUUGGUGCAUGAACAUGUAUGUAGUAAUGAUUGAACCUCACAUCUGCUUUACUAAACACAGUUGACAUCACAA